AUGGAAGAUCAGGUAGUGAGCGCUAUCGAGAUCGCUUCGAAUCCAUCGGCGGACCAGACCCUCAAAAAACAAGCCUUUGAAUACUUGAACCAGCUUCGCGCCGACCCGUCAGGAUGGCAGGUCUGUCUCGCCAUUUUUACACGCACACCACGCUAUAAUGAGGUGACUCGCCAUGUUGCGCUCGAAGUGGUUAACAGCGCUGCUCAGGCCGAUUUGAUAGAUCUCCAGGGCUUGCAGUAUAUCAAAGAUGGGUUGAUGGGUUACUUACGGCAGGUCUAUGGCGGUGAAGGAGCAAACCCCGAUGGUGCUGCGAUUCAGAACAAGAUUGCUCAGACAGUGACGUAUCUCUUUUCGGCGUUGUAUGCUGCUGGAUGGGAGACGUUUUUCGACGAUUUGCUGAGCUUGACGACUACCGAUCCUUCGACGAAUCUGCGUAACAACCCCCUCGGAGUGGUUUUUUACCUUCGAGUCGUUUAUUCGGUUCAUGAUGAGAUUGGUGAUGUUUUGGUUCCUCGGUCGCGUGAGGAACAGGAAAAGGCAAAUACACUGAAAGAUCUUAUCCGUCAGCGAGAUAUUCAGAAAAUUGCAGGCUCAUGGCAAGAGAUCCUGUCCCAGUGGCAGGAGGGCAAUGACCAGAUCGUGGAAAUGUCGCUCCGGGCUAUCGGUACCUGGGUCAGCUGGAUCGAUAUUGGAUUAGUGGUCAACCAGACAAUGCUCGAUCUCCUCUUCCGACAACUCUCUCGUGCACAAAAAUCCGAACUUCGAGAUGGAGAGGAAAAAGUCCGCGAUGCCGCUAUCGAUGUGUUUACUGAGAUCGUGGCCAAGAAAAUGAAACCCGAUGAUAAGAUAGACAUGAUUGUGUUUUUGAAUCUCGACAGCAUUGUGACUCAGCUUUCUAACAGCCCGCCAUUGAAUGAAAACCGCUUCACCUCCAAGUACGAUACAGAUCUCGCCGAAACCGUUGCAAAACUUGUCAACAUUACCGUCGUUGAUAUUGUCCGGGCGUUAGACAACGAUGCUGUUGUCGUCACAACUAAAGAAAAGGCAAAUAGCCUACUGCAAUCGUUUUUGGCACAUGUUCUCAGGUUCUUCUCUGACGACUAUGACGAGAUUUGCUCUACUAUCAUUCCGUGCGUGACGGAAUUAUUGUCGUAUUCUCGAAAAGUGUCGAAAUCAAACCCCGAGAUUCAGAAUCAACACGCAUCGAUGCUUUUGCCUAUUCUGAAAGCCAUUAUUGCAAAAAUGCGAUACGACGAAACGUCAUCCUGGGGCGACGAGGAUGAUCAGACCGAAGAAGCCGAAUUCCAGGAACUUCGCAAGCGAUUAAACAACCUCCAACAAAUCAUUGCCGCAGCCAAUGAAGGCCUAUACAUAGAUGCUUUGUCAGAGGUUGUGGGCACGACAUUCCAAAAUCUGCGCCAAUCAGGCGGCCAAAUGGAUUGGCGUGAUCUUGAUUUGGCUCUCCAUGAGAUGUUUUUAUUUGGUGAACUCGCCGUCAAGACCGGUGGCCUAUACACCAAAAACAAAGCCAACAAUGUUGCUGCUGAAAGAUUGGUCGAAAUGAUGAACAGGAUGGUGGAGUCUGAUAUCAGAUCCUUCACUCAUCCCGCGAUUCAGCUGCAAUUCAUGGAGAUUUGUGUUCGUUACAGCAGCUUCUUCGAGCAUCAUACCCACGUCAUUCCAGGCGUACUAGAGAACUUCCUCCAGUUCGCACACCACCCGAUGGAAAGAGUGAGAACGCGUUCUUGGUAUUUGUUCUACCGCCUGGUUAAGGCUCUGAAAAUACAUAUCGGUAAUGUUGCACAAACGGUCAUUGAAGCCGUGGCUGACCUGCUGGUCAUCCGAGCUGAACUGCCAUCUGAGGCCGAUGAUAAUGAUGACAUGUCUUCAGACGAAAGCUCUGCGGACGCCAUCUUCAAUAGCCAGCUCUAUCUUUUCGAAGCUGUCGGGAUUUUGUGUUCGAUCCCUCAUGUUCCAGUCGAUAAACAAGUUGUGUACGCACGAUCUGUGAUGAAUCCUGUGUUUGUCGACAUGGAGAACAAUCUAGCUCUGGCCAAGUCCAACGAUGAGCGUGCACAAUUACAAAUACACCAUGACAUUAUGGCUCUUGGUACACUUGCACGAGGUUUCUCGGACUGGACUCCGGGCUCACAGAUGGCCAACCCUGCCGCAAAGUUCUCGCCUGAAAUUUCCGAUGCGUUUGGACAGGUGGCUGAAGCGACAUUGAUUGCUCUUGAGUCUCUGAAAGGAUCGUUCAAUGUUAGAACUGCAGCCCGAUUCACGUUCUCUCGUGUGAUUGGUAUUGUUGGAUUGAGACUACUUCCUCAAUUACCAAGAUGGAUCGAUGGACUAUUGACUGAGACUUCUUCUAAAGACGAAAUGGCGCUCUUCCUACGAUUGCUGGACCAGAUAAUCUUUGGUUUCAAGUCCGAGAUUUUCGGAAUCCUUGAUACUCUUCUCACCCCUUUUCUACAGCGCGUUUUUGCUGGUAUUUCAGAGACCACUGCCGGUACAGACGAUGAGAUUCAAAUGGCUGAAUUGAAGCGAGAAUAUCUCAGCUUUUUGUUGGCAUUGUUGAACAACGACCUCGGGUCUGUUCUUGUCAGCCAGGCCAACCAACCGAUAUUUGAAUCGGUCAUAUCUACCAUUGAACAUUUCGUCAAAGACAUUGACGACCCGACGACGGCAAAAAUGGCGUUCUCGGUUCUGACAAGCAUGGCCAACUCUUGGGGAGGGGCUGAUACCGCCAAUGCAUCUCAAAACGCUAUCCCUGGGUUCAACCAAUUCAUGUUUACGCGAUUCUCUCCACUGUCAUGGGCCUUACCAAGAUCUGCAGGGUUUAACUCGAAAGAUGGCCAAACGAGACAUGUCCUGCAAGAAGCAGGAGGACUACAGCAAUCAAUCUAUUCCAAGGCUGGUACCGAGUAUGUUGAUUAUCUUCGCGGCCAGGAACUACCUGGAAUGGGCAUGGGACCGGAUCUGGUGGGGGAGUAUACGAAUGCUUUGACUCAGCUGGAUACUAAAGGAUUCCGGAAUUUCUUCCUCUCUUUUGUUCAACGCCUCAGCUCAUAA